CCUGUAAAUAAAACACAAAAAGGCAAGUGCCAAGACUGGUAGCCAAAGGCACCCACUAUAUUAUGGUAGCAGCAGCACGAGACAGAGAGGACACGGCAUGCUGACUAUUAGUAUACCCCUCCUCCGACUAACACAUACCUUCAACGGUCUCUUUCUAUGUGUUUCGCCUUUUUAUUUUUAUUUAUUUAUUCAUAUUGUUUCGUAGGAUAAAAACCAAGAACCACACCGACUUCAUAUCCCUCUUGUCAUCAUUGCCUGUCCAUUUCAUUUGUCACCACCAUAAUCGUCUGCUGACUGCACUAUUCCUCAACCGAUCAGCCCAUAUCACCAGACUCCAUGCCCUCACGAACACCAUUCUCUUUCACGCCGUCGUCUUCGACUUCCUCCUCAGCAUCCUCGUCCUUUGUACCCUAUUCAGGCCUCAGUACCUACAACCUUGAUCUCUCCACCGCCACUGGCAACAGCAGCAGCAAUCCAGGUAGCACUAGCAGUGCCACAGUCAUGGCAGGCCUGGCAGAUCUGGUUGGUCUUGCCAGUUUGGGCGAGGGUCGUCCUCAGAGCCUAGGAAGCAGUCUCACCAGCAGUCGCGACGAGCACGACCAAAUCUCCUACACUCCAAUCUACCCGUCCUAUUCAAGCUCGUUCUCAAAUAGCUCCCUGGAGUUGCACGAGUCACUUCUGCUGGCCAUCCGCGAGAGACAGCAGCAGCAACUGCUGCAACUUCGCCUGCAACAGCAGCAGCAUCAGCAACAGCAGCAACAGGAACCGCGGGCAGAUUCAAGCCCACUUGGUACAAUCGCUGCCACUGCGAUUGCCAGCGACUUCCACAGUGCUCCUGCGGAUCACUCGUUCGACAUAUCUCGCCCAUAUCACCCAAUACAGCAGCUUCCACCAGACCAACGCGAUCCUUCAACCGCUGCUUCCUCACCCACUGUCGACAACCACGAGGCAGAGAUGAGUCCAAUGUUGACUUCGCCACCUGUCCACAGCGCCGAAGGGAUCGCGUCGAUCGCGCACGGCGCACUGACUACUUCCGCGCCAAAUCUUGAAGACAUCAUCGUGGAGUUACCGGUUUCGACAAUUUUAAGGCAGGAUUCGUUGUUCAAUGCCGCACCCGCUGUUCUUGAGCCAGGCCUAGAUCAAUACCGUGACCGAGAGCAGGACCGAAUCUAUGGCCACAUGGUGGAUCAAUCCUUGGGACAGGAAUCAACUCAACCCUUGGAAGACUCUUGGCCAUUACAACCACCAUUGCUGUUGGCUCAACCACUCGCCAUCGAUGAGAUUCGUGUUCAGCCGCAGUUCGACCGAUCCAAUUCCGCAUUUGAGCCAUCUUCACAUGGCACGGGCAGCAGCAUGAACGACAGCAUUAAUGGUGAAGAUAUCACAAAUAGCGAGCAUCGUCGACUUCCUUCAACAUUCUCUUUGGACGACCUUGCAAUCGUACCCAGAGCCACCCUUCCUCGAAGAAGGUACGCUACCAGGGAUUACUCGUCCGGCUCAGUCUCGUCGGACGACUGGCUGCGUCAUCCGGAUGUGGUUGCCUUUAUCAGCACGGACAAUGCGACAUCGCCACCAACAGCAGAAUCCGCCGUACAGCGAGGCAGGUAUGAGGUGGACACAGGCAGGCCUGAUACGAUGCUUGAGAAUCAAGAGAACAUUCCUCCUCAGCCUGACCAUGGCCUUAAUCCACCUGCGGAAAGUACACCUGAUAUCAGCAUUGGAUAUACACCAACAAUACCGCUUGGCUUACAUGGAGCGUUGACAGAGACACCGCAUACCCCGGACGAUCCCCGUCAGUCAGUAUUACCAACAGAUGGCAAUGUGGAACAAGAAGCGGCACAAAUUUUACGAGACCAGGAACCGGGCAACAAUGGUCAUAGUGAGAUGGGUCGCAUAAUGGAAUCACUGGCUGUUGAUCCAACUUUAGACACCGUCAUCUCCACUGAUGUUCCUACUGUCAGUGAUGAAGACUCAGGGUUCACUUUAGUCACCGGCACCCUCGAGGCCAGCGAGAAUAAUACGACAACGAGACUUGGUUUAGAAAUUAUGUCAGGCGCCACUCAGUCAGAUCGUCAAGGUUUACUUGGACCAUUACUUUCAAGCACUCAAACAACAAGAUCAUCCAGAUCAGCCUCAACAUCAGCGGCAUUGCCACCACCUUCCGAGGAUACGUUAGAUUUCUCUCUACUAGGCUCCACUCGCUCAGGGCUUGAUUCUUCUAUUCUAUCUAUGGCUUCUCGGAUACGCCAAGCUCGACUGACCAGGUUGUUGCGACUGAUGAAUGAGCGGGAUACGGCUAUGGGGUACCCAGAACGAUACCCCUGGAACCGAUUUGCGCAGACGGACACAAGGAGCAUGCUCAAUCAUGCCAGUGGAAGCCGUGGAACCAGUCAAGCGGACUCGCUUGAGGACGGGCAUGCGGAUUUGGGACAAGAAGCAGAUUCUCAAGAUACAGUAGACGAAGGUCGGAAUGCUGCCAUGAACAGAGACCGGUAUCGGGAGCGAUUCCUUCCAGUGCAUUGUCCGUCAUUUGCGGAAAUCCUCGAUCGCAAUGGGAACUCGAUCGAGUGGAGCAGAAACAGGGGCAGUAGUAGCGACAGCAGCUCGUAUGCUUCCUCAAUUGCGUCUCAUGAAGCCAUCGAAGAAGAAGAACAACGCGAUGACGAGUGGACGAGCAGUAGUGUAGACCGACAGAGGAGUACCUUGGGCAGUCGGAGGAACCGAGCAGUAACCACAACAGCACGGAUGGAAAGAUUUCGAUCGGACUGGAACCGUGGCGGGAUUAUCUGCGGUCAUGGACGAUCUCGCGUGAUGAGUACAGGAACUGUGUUCGAGGGCAUGGAGCACAUUUCAGAGGCGGACAGUCUGUUGGAGGAACAGCAUCUUUACCAGUCUUUGAAGGCACCUUGGGCCACGAAUCCGAACGGCGAGAGUUGGAGCGAUGACGAUGAAGAUGGCGAGGGCCCACAGAGACGGCGACAUGGCGUUGGGGCUGCUGGUAUGAAUGAUGCAGAUGAUAAGGAUCAGCAACAGCAACAUGCAACAGGGUUCAUGCGACGUAGUACAGGAAGUGAGCCUUCACUUGGUGUUCUUCAGGCUGGAUUUCAGAAUUCAUCGAGCGUCAGCAACAAUGGAGGUGUUUUCUACAUUUAUGGGAACGUCAGGAACCGCUACGGCCCCGAGAGCGCAAGGCGACAGCAGCGUGUAAUUUCCGAGUUGACGGAUCUGCUAAGACGUGAGCAAGAGUGGGAGCGGGUGCUCGAAUUGGAGCAGUACAAUCGCGAGAUGGCAAUGCUCCGUCCAUCGAACACAUCCUCAAACCCACCUACUGCUAUUGGUAGCGGCGGCGCUUCUCAGAAUCAACGACGAAGUUCAGAGGAUGAGGUGCCUGAGGGUACGGAUCGGUCGUCAUUGCUUGAGGGACAGGACGAGAGGCGUCGGAGAAGGAGUCAGAGUCUCUAUGUGGACUUUGAGGGCGGGACGUUGAGGCCAGAGGAGAGGUGGCGAAGGGGCAAGGAAGAGAUGAUUGGUCGGUAAAAAAUGAUGCUCGGAAUGACUUCCAGAGCGCAGGAUGGGUUCGGGACACGAUUGGGGUGACUUCAAUACCUGCUGUGGCCCUGGGGCAAUGUCAAAUGCCCCUGUCCCUGAUUAAAGCGUUCUUCCGCUACAUUGUGCAUGUUUGCCGUUAUUUUUGUUUAUUUGUUUUGGUUUGUUGUUGCUGCUGUUCAAGGCGCGCGGG